AGAGAGAGUAAUUUCUUCUAAAACAAAAAUUCCCCCAAAAUGACACUAGGGUUGUCUUGUCUUCUUCUUCUCGAAGGCUUCACUAGAAAGCCUGAAUCGGCAGCACGUCAAAGGCCCAAUUUUUUCUUCUGUUAUUAUGGUUUUGGCCCACCCUCAAUUUUCUUCCAUGGUGACCGAUUCUCUUCGAACCUUCAAUGGCUCUGCAAUUGAAUGACCAUCCGCCACUCUUGAGGUCCACAACAUAAUGGUGUUUGGUUAAAUGCUUCUUCCUCGACAAAGGUUGAUUCUCUGUGGACUUACCAAAAGUUGGGAAGAUUUGUUGCCAGUGUCUUCAGUAAACAUAUCCGUUACAAAGUCUAACCAAUUUUUGGUGCAUUUGAACUUUGGAUCACGCGUUUGCUCCGUGGUUGUAACUGUAAGAUGCUACAUUUGAUCAUGAAGUCAAGUUUCAGGGCUGCAGUGUAUUCACCUUCUGCUUUGUAUUGCUUAGUUCAUGGUGCUAAUCACAGCAUCUUUGGGGUCUGUAAAUGCACACUUGAUUCAAAUUGUCAGUCUUUCAGAGCAUUUGUUUCCUCAACAUCAAGCUCAAAUGUAGAACACUUUGUGCUGGGACUCAAGAAUAAAUGCAUCUUUGACAUCAAGUUGUUGUCUACACUGUCUGAAAAGAUUUUGGUUCAGGCUCGGGAUCCUGCAAAACUAAGUAUGGAUAUACAAACUGCCAUUGAAGAGCAAAGACUGAAUGAUACGUGGAAGUUAUACCAACAGCAUAUGCAGAUGGAAGGAUUUCCUAGAAAAUCUGUUGUUAAUAAACUGUUAACAUGUUUUGCUGAAACUCUGGAAAUUCAAUGGCUUGAGAAGGCCUAUGAUUUGGUGGAACAGGCAUUUACAGAAGGGAAGCAGAACUUGCUAGAGAAGGACCCUCUAAUCUAUUUGUCUUAUAGUCUUGCAAAAUUGGGUCUACCAGUUCCCGCAUCAACUAUUCUAAGAAAUUUGAUAAAAAUGGAACAUUUACUCCCUGUAGCUGCUUGGUCUGCAAUUUUGGCUCACAUGUCACAAACUGGUUCUGGGGCUUUCCUUGCUGCUGAAUUGAUUCUUGAAAUAGGCUACUUAUUUCAAGAUGGCAGGGUGGAUCCACGUAAAAAAUGUAAUGCCCCUUUGAUUGCUAUGAAGCCUAAUUCUAUUGCUUUUAACAUUGCUUUGGCGGGUUGUGUCUUGUCUGGGACAACUAGAAAGGCAGAAGAAAUCCUUGAUAUGAUGCCUAGGAUUGGUGUCAAAGUAGAUUCCAACUUGUUAAUGGUAAUGGUUCAUAUACAUGAAAGAAAUGGGCGGAGAGAAGAAUUAAAGAAAUUACAGAGACACAUAGAUGAAGCCCAUAACCUAAGUGAUGUUCAAUUUCGGCAGUUUUAUAGUUGCUUACUAACAUGUCACCUGAAAUUUGGAGAUCUUGAAUCUGCAUCUAAUAUGGUCUUGGUCAUGUUGAGGAAAGCAAAAAUAGCAAAAAAUUCAGUGGCUACAGCUACCUUGUCAUGUAAUACUGCAGAAAAUCACAUAAAACCAUCAUCUGGAAAAGAUUCUGAGAAAAACUUUAUUUGCCAAAAUGAUGGAUUAAAAGAUAAAAUAUCAAAUGGUAAGUCCAUUUCCUUUGAAGAUUUUGUUCUGGACAAAAAUUUUCUGAAACUUGAUAUUGAAGCCAAGGAAAUUCUUCGAACCUUGCUUACGAAACUGCAAUUGCAAGUUGAAUUGGUUACAACUGAACGUGGUAUUCUCCAGCCAACUGAAGCUAUUCUUGUAAAACUAGUUAGGGCUUUUCUGGAAGCUGGCAAGACCAUGGAUUUAGCUCAGUUUCUUAUCAAGGCAGAAAGGGAAGAGUCACCAGUAUCUAACGAUGAUUCAGUGCUGGUUCAUGUCAUUAAUGCAUGCAUUUCACUUGGGUGGUUAGAUCAAGCGCACGACCUUCUCGAUGAGAUGCACCUGGCUGGUGUUAGAACUGGUUCUUCAGUAUAUGGUUCUCUGUUAAAAGCAUAUUGUAAAGCUAAUCGAACUAGAGAGGUUGCAUCUCUCUUGCGAGAUGCUCGGAAGGCAGGAAUACAGCUUGAUUCAAGCUGUUAUGAUGCAUUGAUCAAUUCUAGAGUGCUCCAGAAUGACAACAAGGGGGCACUCAAAUUUUUUCAAGAGAUGAAAGAAGCUAAGAUACCAAGAUCUGGACAUCAAGAAUUUAGAAGAUUGGUUGAGAAGAGUGCUGAGAAUGAUGAAGCUGGAUUGAUGGCAAAACUCUUACAGGAGAUAAAAGAUGGGCAAAGAGUGGAUUAUGGACUUCAUGAUUGGAACAACGUUAUACAUUUCUUCUGUAAGAAGAGACUGAUGCAAGAUGCUGAGAAGGCUCUAAAGAAAAUGAGAAGCCUUGGACAUUGUCCGAAUGCUCAGACCUUCCAUUCUAUGGUAACUGGAUAUGCUGCCAUCGGUGGGAAAUAUCUAGAAGUAACAGAACUGUGGGGAGAAAUGAAAAGUAUUGCAUCAGCUUCAUUCUUGAAGUUUGAUCAAGAACUUCUCGAUUCUGUGCUCUAUACAUUUGUGAGGGGUGGGUUUUUUGCUCGAGCAAAUGAAGUUGUGGAGGUGAUGGAGAAAGAUAACAUGUUCGUUGACAAGUACAAAUAUAGGACCUUGUUCUUGAAGUACCAUAGAACACUUUACAAGGGCAAGGCUCCCAAGUUCCAAACAGAAGCCCAACUAAGGAAGAGAGAAACAGCCUUGGCUUUUAAGAAGUGGGUUGGUUUGAAUUGAUUUUCUUAAAAUAUCCGGUUCUUCUUUCAAAUGCCCUCACAUCAUCUGGACCCUCGAGCUUUUUAGUCCAAUAAGGAUGUAGUCAACAAUCUCUUCCUGAUGACAUUCAACUCUACAACAUUUUUGGAUUGAUAUUCUCAGCUAUCAUGAUUUACCCAUCUCCAAGAAGCUCAAUCCAUUAAUGAAAAAGUUCUGAAGACAUCAAAUAUGGAGGUGGUAGGGCAAGAUUGAACUCGGCAGGAAUUCUGAUUUUGUUGCUUCUGGAGACCAAGCAGGCACUGCAAGGAACUUUCUCAAUGAAUGGUACUUUCGUAAGAAAAAAGAUUGUUUAAAAAGCAGUCGUUUUCUUAUAUUGAUGAAGUAUUUGAACUUUGGAGGAACACUUUGGUGCCCCACGACAAGGUAGCAAGAUAGUCAAUCGAGAAAGUUCAGAGUCAGAGAAAUGGGUACUCCUUAGUUCAGCUUUGUUAAUGUAGUCUAUCAAAUCUAUGAGCGUUGUUCAAUUUAUUCCACUUCCUGAAUGGUCCUGGUGUUUCUCCACGGUGAUUAACAAUGUACUGGUUAGCAGUUUUUCGGUCAUUUACUGCAAACUGUAAAUUGUGCCAGCUACUUAGACUGAGACUCUAGGAUCGGCAUUUGAGACUGUCUUGCAGUGAUCGGACUAAUUAUCUGCUUUUACAUUCUUAUGUUGCACAAGAUUGUUUUAGAAUCGUCAAAUUGUGAUGUGGCCAUGUGGAUUAAUUUGUUAAAAGUGUGAUGCGAUCAAAUAAAUUGUAAUAGUUAAGAUUAUUGUCCACAUGAAUAUGAGUAUUCCCAAAACAGAGGAAAUGUUUUAUUUUUAAAAAAAGAAAACAUUUGUAACAGUCCACAUUGAUAUGAGUAUUCCCAAAAUUGUGAUGCCA